CACAGUUUGUCUUCUUCCUUCACCUAAUGUUGUUAUAUGGGAAGCGGGGAUUAGGCCGUUCAUUGAGUCUCGUUGUGUGAGCAGUGAUUUAGCAGCAGCAUCAACGAGGUAGGCAGGCAGGCACAGCUGGAGACCACAUGCAUGUCAGUGGAGAGAGAGGGAGAGACUGUCUCGUACAGCGGCAGUGCUUCUUCUGUACUGUGUUUGUCACAGAGAGGCAGAGUCAAGCUCCUCGUCUAAGCAACGGAUGGGAUGGACUGCUGAUUUACUAGCCCUCUUCCUUUCCUGUUACCGUUCGUGGAUAAGCGACAACGACAGAUCCAUCCCUCUGUGGAGGACGGAGGAGUGGGGAGGCAGGAAGACGAUGCAGUCUCACUCAGUCAGCCUAUUAGGACUCUGGAAUCUACACACUUCAGUGUUCUGAUCAGAUCACGGGCUGUAAAAUGCCUGAUCACUACUGGAUCAUUUCUAUGGAAAAGGGGCUUCAUUUGUUUGGAGUCUGUGCAUUCAACUCAGUGGCGACUGAUCCGUGGUAAUUUCGACCCCUGUAUCACAGACUGAUGUAUGACCUGUGCACCAGGCCCGAGCAGCCACCGGAACCCGAGCCGGAGCAGCCACCGGAACCCGAACCGGAGCAGCCACCGGAACCCGAACCGGAGCAGCCACCGGAACCCGAACCGGAGCAGCCACCGGAACCCGAACCGGAGCAGCCUGUGUCUACAGCGGAAACAGACGAUAUGGAAGGGAGAUGCCGUGGAGAGGCUGAGGCCCCAGGACAGCAGAACCGAAUACAGCAGGACAGGGAUACUAAGACAGAGGAGCAUGGUAAUACUACUACUACUACCAAUGGGGACUCAAUGGACAAGGCAAAUCUAGACACUACCUCUACGACUGUUACUACCCCUGUGACACCCAAGAGGCACAACUCACUUUACAAGGACCUCAACGACUGCGAGGGGGGAGGGUUUCGCAAGAAUGGCACUGACUAUGGCUUCCUGGUGCGUCAGAACUCAGAGCUGCUGCGAUCUCUGGAUGAGAUGGAGAAGACCUGCAACCACCUGAGAGAGGAGAACAGCCUGCUGCGUAAGAGCAGCGCCCCGGAGACGGAGGAGAAGGUGAAGCGUCUGAGGAGGAAGAACAUAGAGCUGGCUGUCAUCGCUAGGAGGCUGGAGGACAGAGCACACAAACUACAGGAGGCUAACCUCAAAGUGGUGAAUGCCCCAGCUCCGGUGGAGCUGUACAAGCGGGCGUUCGCCCGUCAACGAGCCCGUGACCUGGCGCAGCACGCAGACACAUUGCUCUCCAAGGACAAGGAGAUCGCCACCCUGCAGCAGGAGUGUAGGGAGAUGGAGACGCGCUUGGGCACAGCCAAGGGCUCCCCAGUCCCAUCUGGUGUAGUGGAGUUUGAGAGGCUGCUAAGGGAGUCCCAGAAGGAGGUGCUGAGGCUCCAGAGGCAACUGUCAAUCUCCUCCUCCAGAGUCAUCUCCUCCAGAGUCAUCUCCCCUAAAGACACUUCCUGUAAAGACACCUCCUGUGAAGACACCUCCUUCAGAGUCACCUCCCCUAAAGACACCUCCUGUAAAGACACCUCCUCCAGAGUCACCUCCUCUAAAGACACCUCCUGUAAAGACACCUCCUCCAGAGUCACCUCCUCUAAAGACACCUCCUGUAAAGACACCUCCUCCAGAGUCACAUCCUCUAAAGACAACUCCUGUAAAGACGCCUCCUCCAGAGUCACCUCGCCUAAAGACACCUCCUGUAAAGACACCUCCUCCAGAGUCACAUCCUCUAAAGACACCUCCUGUAAAGACACCUCCUUCAGAGUCACCUCCCCUAAAGACAUCUCCUCCAGAGUCACCUCCUAUAAAGACACCUCCUGUAAAGACACCUCCAGAGUCACUUCCUCUAAAGACACCUCAUCCAGAGUCACCUCCCCUAAAGACACCUCCUGUAAAGACUCCUCCAGAGUCACCUUCCUUAAAGACGCAUCCUGUAAAGACACCUCCUGUAAAGACCCCUCUUGUAAAGACACCUCCUGUAAAUACCCCUCUGGCAGGAAACACAACGGACACGGAAGGCCCUGCAUAACAAAGGAGGAAAGGGAGGAGAAGGUUGCAGCAGAGACCCAAUUCUUGGCGUUAAAUGAGUCUCCAGCCAGGUGUGAGGAGACUCCCAGAGAGGAGGAGGGGCCACGAGUGAUCCCAACUCCGCCGGGGCCCGCCCCCACCCCGAGCCACUCCCACCAGAAGGAGCACACAGAAGAUCAAAGACUACAGUUGCUGGAAUGUGAGCUGAGCAAGAAGAGAAAAGAAUGUGAAAACUUGGAACAUGAAGUUAGGAAGAGACAGAAGGGAUGUCUGGAUUUGGAGAGCCAGCUUGAGGAUGAGCGAGGUAAAAAUGGGCAUCUAGAGGAGGAGGCAGAUCUCCUCAGGAGGAAGGCACAGCUGCUCGACCAGACCUGGGUUGAGAAUGAGGAACUGAGAGAACACCUCUCUGAAGUGACCGCUCAACGUGAUUCAGGUCUCAAGGAGAACCAGAGACUCCGUGUCAAACUGGAGAACCUGGAGCAGGUCCUAAAGCAUAUGCGAGAGGUCGCCGAGCGCAGGCAGCAGCUGGAACUGGAACAUGAGCAGGCACUGGCUAUCCUCAAGUUCAAACAGAAUGAGAUCAAACGACUACAGCGGGCGGAGUUUUUUGCCAAGAGGGAGCAUGAGGGAGUGGUACAGAUGCUGGAGACUACAUUGGACUCCAUGCAGUCUAAGGUGCGGGAGUUGGAGGAUAAGUGUCACAGCCAGAGUGAACAGUUCAGCCUGCUCAGCCAUGAGCUGGAGACCUUCAGACUACAGGCUGGCAAACUGGACCUGUCUGGCUCCACCAUCCUCACUAACCCCCCUCUCUGCCAUCUGACCAACGGGGUGGGCCUCACCGGAGAUGUGGCAGCAACUCUACGGAUGGGGGCCACCCCUCACGCUGCGGGUCUCACACGCUCCCCCACCGUAAAGCACCGUGAGCUGCCCACCAUCAGCCUGACCAAGUCCUCCAGCACCCCCAAGUCUGCCUCUGAUACCACCCACCUCUCCCCCAAGUCAGCCGAGUCCCACCACAGCCCCCACCACAGCCUCCAGCACAGCCCACGCAGGACCAGCCCCACGCCACACGAGGUUGACACGGCCAGUGAAGUGGAGGAGCUGGACAUCGAUGUAUCCCCAGCGCCUUACACAGCUCUCAGGGGAGCCUCCCAGCUACAGGUGUUCAUUGCCAGAUACAGCUAUAACCCUUAUGAUGGUCCCAAUGAUAACCCAGAGGUGGAGCUGCCUCUCACCGCUGGGGAGUACAUCUAUGUUUAUGGCGGUAUGGAUGACGACGGAUUCUAUGAAGGAGAGCUGAUGGACGGGCGAAGAGGGCUGGUCCCCUCCAACUUUGUGGAACGUGUCUCAGACGACGACAUGAUAAGCGCCCACGUUCCAGAGGGCACGGAUAUAUCCCACAACUCCCUGCUGGACAGCAGCCUGCACAGCGCCAGUCACCAGCACCACCUCUGCCUUGGGGGCCCAGGUACCUCUGAGAGGACAGACCCUACGCCAGCAGCCUCCGUCCUGAAUUCUCUCUCCGUCCCCUCAGGGGAGCAGUUCCCCUCGGAUCCAUCCCUCCCAGCCCCCCUCACCAACGGCCUGGAUCUGGACCUAGAGGUGGGGGUGGGCACUGUGCCUUACCCGCGCAAGCUCACCCUCAUCAAGCAGCUGGCCAAGAGCAUCAUUAUCAGCUGGGACGGACCGCUGGUGCCGGCGGGCUGGGGCAACGUGUGGAGCUACAAUGUAUACGUGGACCAGGAGCUGAAGCUCAACGUGCCCUUCGGCUCCCAGACUAAAGCUGUCCUAGAGAGACUAGACGUCACCCUCAAGGCCUACCGGGUGUCUGUGCAGAGCCUGACGGAGCGCGGCAACUCAGACCAGCUCCGUUGCUCAUUACUGGUGGGCAGGGACGUGUGUGUGGCGCCCACUCAGCUCAGAGUCGACCGGGUAACCGCCACCUCGGCCAGCCUGGCCUGGCUGCCGAGCAACAGUAACUAUGUGCAUGUUGUGUCCUUGAACGAGGAGGAGAUGGAACUGGUGAAGGCUGGCAGCUACUCACUGUGCCUCGGUAACCUCACGCCCAGCCUUCAGUACACGGUCAAGGUGGAGGCUCAGCCGCACCACCCCUGGGAGAUUCCCCAGGAGAGACGGGAACACAAGACCGCCACCACCACCUUCACCACGUUGGCCGCAGGCCCCCCAGACGCUCCUCUGGGCGUGCAGCUGGAGCAGGGGCCGUCCCCGGGAAUCGCCCUCAUCAGCUGGCUGCCUGUCACCAUCGAUGCUGCUGGGACCUCCAACGGGGUCCGCGUCACCGGAUACACAAUCUACGCUGACAAGAGAAAGGUGUUGGAGGUGUCAUCCCCAACGGCGGGCAGUGCCCUGAUGGGCCCGUCUCAGAUCCAGUCCCUGAUGGCAGCCCACGAGCUCACUGUGCGCACCAUGUCUGCACAUGGGGAGUCCAUCGACUCUAUUCCAGUCAACGUGCCCGCCAAGUUGUCCAACAUCAUGACCGGCCAGGCUUCGGCCGCCUCCUGCUCCUCGUCAACCCCUAUUCGUCAGUCAACCCCUGUCCACCAGUCGCCACCCUACCAGUCACCCUCCAUUUGUCAGUCAACCCCUAUCUACCAGUCGCCACCCUACCAGUCACCCCCAGUGCAUCAGUCAACUCCUGUUCACCAGUCGCCCCCCUACCAGUCACCCCCAAUGCAUCAGUCAACUCCUGUCCACCAGUCGCCCCCUACCAGUCACCCCCAGUGCAUCAGUCAACUCCUGUCCACCAGUCGUCCCCCUACCAGUCACCCCCAGUGCAUCAGUCAACUCCUGUCCACCAGUCGCCCCCUACCAGUCACCCCCAGUGCAUCAGUCAACUCCUAUCCACCAGUUGCCCCCUACCAGUCACCCCCAGUGCAUCAGUCAACUCCUGUCCACCAGUCGCCCUCCUACCAGUCACCCCCAGUGCAUCAGUCAACUCCUGUCCACCAGUCGCCCCCCUACCUGUCUUCGUCACCACCCGUCCAGCCCCAAUCCCCAUCUUACGGGAACUCAGCUGCCAAAGUGUCCACGCUGCCCUACGCCACUGCCUCGCCGCCACUAGACGUCGCCCACGCCAUGGGCCCUAACGGGGCCCUCCACACAGAGGCCUGCUCCCCACACCCUGCCUCGUACGCGGAGGUCUGGGCUAACCCCUUAGCAAAAUCUCCUGUCCCCCCUUGGGCUGCCUUGGCAGUGCUUGAGGCUAUGUCAUCUCCAGUAGCACUAAACUAUCAGGCCAAGUUACCAUCAGUACCGUCAGCCUAUCAGGCCAUGCUACCAUCAGCUUCUCACAUCAACACAACGAGCCCACAUCUAGGCCCAGCAGUGGCCACGGAGCAGAGCAGAGCAGACCGCCCCAGAGUUCUCCGUCCUGUCAUGUCCAUCACAGACUUUCUCCCUGUGGAGGACGACUCCCGUGUCAACCUUUCAACCCCUGAGCCCUACCCCACCCCGCCCAAGGCCCUUGUGCCACCCGCUGGGGACCUCAUCAACCCCCUGGACACACAGCCUCUCCGGCCCCCCAGAGCCCCCUCUCCCCUGGAGUCAGAACCAGACUACUCCAUGGAGAGGCCGACCACACGCUUGGUGUCCAUGGAGGAGUUCCUCAGUCAGGACCAGGACACAGGCUUCAACAGGCAGCAGCGGUAUACCGCCGGUCCGGUGGAGCCAGAGAGCAGUAGGGGAUCUGACCUGUCUGAUAUCCUGGAGGAAGAGGAGGAUGACCUCUACUCUGACCCCCCUGGAUCCGCCCUGGCCCGGGGGUACACCACCGGAGCCAACAGGGAGUCUGGCAGAAACCUGUCGAUGGAGGCUGGUGCUGGGUGGAGCGGACAGCCUGGACUAUCUCCUAAACUGACCAGGUCAGAGGUCAUACAUCAGCUCAAAGAGAGCAUGGAUCAUUCAUGGCCUAUAGGAGACAAUGAGGUUCGUAUCUUUGUGGCUCUGUUCCCCUACGACCCGGUCAACAUGUCUCCCAACCCCGACGCUGCUGAGGAAGAACUGCCCUUCAGAGAGGGACAAAUCAUCAAGAUCUACGGAGACAAAGACUCGGAUGGAUUCUACCGCGGCGAGUCGAGCGGUCGUCAUGGUUACGUGCCAUGUAACAUGGUGUCAGAGAUUCAGGUGGAGGACGAGGAGACCAGAGAGACACUCCUGCAGCAGGGCUUCCUGUCUACCGCAACAACCAUGGAGAAGAUAGGCACUCGCUCACAUGCACAGCUUCCGCGUCGCCCUGUCCCACCGCCGAAACCGAGACGAUCCAAGAAAGUGGAGGCUGCUGCGCUGUGGGAAGAUAGCUUAGACUCCUCCAGUCAAGAUCCCAGCCAAUCUGAUGUCGCCACGGCAAACCCGGCAGACACCGGUCCUCGCAGGAUGAAGGCCAUCUUUGAUUACGACCCUCGAGAGAGCUCUCCCAACGCUGACAUCGAGGUUGAGCUGACCUUUGGUGCCGGGGAUAUCAUCUAUGUGUUUGGUGACAUGGACGAUGAUGGGUUCUUCUAUGGUGACCUGAACGGACACAAAGGCCUGGUCCCAUCUAACUUCCUACAGGCUGCCCCAGAGGCUGCUGGGAAAGCUCCACCAUUUGACUCCCAGCCUCCGUCUGUAGCCGAGCCCAGGACAGAAUCGCAGAAGCAAAAACGAACUGUGCACUUUAAGACUUAAAGCGUGAGCCUGAGCACAUUCCCAGAGGAGGUUCCACAUCCACCCCUCCACACAGGGCUGACUGGCCCAGUCCACACACAUCCAC